AUGUAACAACCGUCAGGAAAUUUAAACGAAAAAAAGCACAAGUCAAAAAAGGAGUCAGUCAUUAUGAAAGAUAAAAUUGCUCAUGAUUAAGCUUGCAAGAAGCAAAUGAGAAACAGAUUCAAGUCAAUUGACUAUUUUGGAUAAUCAGUUACAUUUACGUAUAAUGGGGAAGAUUAAUUCAAAACACUAUUCGGUGCUGCAAUCUCCCUUGUAUUAAUGAUUGUAUUGCUGGCAUUUGGAAUCUAUAAAUUUGUCUAUCUUGUAAAUAGAUGGAAUCCUAAUGUCAUUAAGACUAGUUUUUUAAGAGAUUUAAAAGAGGAACCAGCAUUUAGACCUUAAGAUCUUGGAUUUGAUUUUGCUUUUGGUAUCGGUGAAGAUAUACCAGCUAAUAUUGGAGGCUUCACUGUCAGGCAAAUUGAGUUCUAAUUUGAAAAAUAUAGUAAUGGCACUUAAAAAAGAGUUAAAAAGCCUUCAAGAGAUUUAAACAUCACUAAAUGUGGAUCUGAUCUCUUUAGGUAUGAUGAUAAACAAGAAUUAGUAGAUUUGGAGAUUGAUUAAAUGAAUUGCUUGAAAGAAACGGAGUAUGAACUCAAGGGAAAUUUCUACGCUCAAGAAUAUAAAUAUCUAGAAUUAAAAUUAUGGAAAUGUGGAUCUAGAUUCAAAUCUUCAGCAAAUUGUGCUAAUGAAACAGCAAUGCAGCAGUAUUUUUCUGAUAAAACUUUCAGCUUUGCCUUCAUUAAUACAUAGUUUGUGCUAGACAGCUAUGAUCCUCAAUAGAGAUUAUAAUACUUCAUUGAUGAUUCACUUUUAUUUGAAUUGGAGUCUCAGCGAAUUAAAAAGACUAAUUUUUAUGUUUAGAAAUCUGAGGGUGAGCUAGAGGAUUCUCUCUUAUAAUUGGGAUAAUCGGAAAUGAUUGAAUUUCAUCAGGCUACAAAUUUCAAAACUUACGACGAUGAAUAUACCAAUGACGAUGGUUACAUAGUAGCAAUUUACAUCAGAUUUGACAGAACGUAUGAUAAUUACGAGAGAAAAGUUUAUGGAUUCUUGGAAUUUCUAGGAGAUCUUGGCGGUCUCUAAGGUUCUCUUAUAUCGAUAGGAAUGUUUUUUGUUGGCUUCGUUGCUCAACGCCUCUUUUUUUCAAAAAUUAUUAAAAAGAUAUACCAAGUAAGAAAAUAUGACAACUUUGAUAGUAAUAAUUAAACUAAUCACACAAAUUAUAACACUCAGCACAAUGCAAUAUAUCCUUCAACUAGCAUCCAGAACGUUAAUGGUGAUUAAACAGUUAGGAGCUCCUAUGAAGCUGAUUAGUAGUAGUUUCCUCAGUAUGAAAUACCUGGCUAGUAUGAACUUAUUCAAACUGGUAGAAUUAAUGAUGAAUUCAAAGCUGUUCAAAAUAUUAAGGAAAAGGAGCAUUCAUUGCAAAGAGAGUAUAAGUUUAAAAAUCAAAUAUAGGAGAACGAUAUAGGAAAUAUUUUAUUCGCAUUUUUGAAUAGGGAAAGAUUCUCUUAUGCUGUCAAAGAUAUUAUUCACUACAUUUUGAAGUGCAUGUGCUUUAGAAACAUUGAAGAAAAUAGGAAAAGGAAAAUCUAUAAAAAACACUUUUUGUUUGAAAAGGCUGAGGAAAAAUUCAUGCAAGAAUUGGAUGCGAUAAGAAUAGUAAAAACUUUAAGGAAGUUUAAAAUGCUAGCGUAAGCUUUGCUAUCUUAAAAGUAAAGACUAGUGCUCAGAUUUCAAAGAUAAAACUUAAUAGAGACUAGUUCUUCCUCUUCAGACUCAGAUAACAACAAUUACGACACUGUAAGGCUUAUGGAAAAUCCCAAUCCAUUGAUAAGAUUGGUAAUAUUUGGGAAACUGAAGAAGAUGAUUUAAGGUUUUACCGGCAAAAAAUUAGAUCCAUUAGAGAGAAAUAUGAUGAGAGGAAUGUUUAUCAGAAAACUCAAAGAUUUUGCAGAAGACAGUAAGGAUUUAGCUGAAAAUUAAACGCUUUUGUAAAGACUGAAAGGUGAGAUGGGUUUGCCAAAUACUUCUAUAUAAGAUAUUGAUAAGAUCUAAACUAAACCAGGUGAUUAGACUUUUAAUAAGUUAGCAACCAAAGAUCCUGAACUUGAUUAUUUUGAAGCAAUUUUACAAGAACAAAUCGGUAAAGCUAAUAAUAUUGAUGAUGUCAAUACUCAUACCAAAAGCACUCCUGGAGGUAAAUUAACCAAGAAUAAAAAGAGAUAGGCUGAUUAAUAAUGGUGA